AUGGCGGCGACGGCGGGGCUGGGUGUGUCGGAGAUGCUGGGGAGCCCCCUGAACUUCAGCGGCGGCGCCCGCUCGGCACCGGCGCCGGCGGCGGCGUCGUCCUCUGGCAGGGUGGUCGCCCUCUUCUCGAAGAAGAAGGCCUCUGCUCCCACGAAGUCGAAGCCUGCGGCGACAGCGCCGGCGAGCGAGGAGCUGGCCAAAUGGUACGGCCCCGACCGGAGGAUCUUCUUGCCGGAGGGGCUGCUGGACAGGUCGGAGGUGCCGGAGUACCUCAACGGGGAGAUCCCCGGGGAGUAAGUUCACCAUACUUUCAGCCAUUUCGUUCCAAUGCUUACCAAAGUGGGGGUUAUCUCUGAUAAUGAAGCUUGCAUCUCGCAGUUACGGGUACGACCCAUUUGGGCUCAGCAAGAAGCCUGAAGACCUGAACAAGUACACGAAGAUCACCCCCCCUCACUAUAUCUGGAGGCUGAUAUAUUUUAAUAUUUAAAUAGAUGUAUUUAUUAAGUUUUUUGUACCUAAUGACGAAUUUAUGUCCUCAGAUACCGAGCAUACGAGCUCAUCCACGCGCGGUGGGCGAUGCUCGGCGCGGCCGGCUUCGUCAUCCCGGAGGCCUUCAACAAAUAUGGCGCCAACUGCGGGCCCGAGGCCGUCUGGUUUAAGGUACCCAGAAGAUCACCCCAUUACUUCCUUCCUGAUCAUGCUCAAGAGGUCGUCAGAGGAUGCCGUUUCAAUCAUAUGGUUAAAUAGAGGAGUGUGCUUUGGUUUCCGCCAGGUAAUCAAUCGAUUAAUGUAGCAUCGAUUGUUGUUUCUGUAGUCGGGGAAUGCAGUCUGUCGUUCUUUGGUGAUAUGAUCGAAACUCGGGAGGGUGGGAGCUCAAAUUGUUCAAUAAUUCAUCUGAAUAUGAGUGAAUAGAUCCCAUGAACGACUAAUUACUUGAAUGAAACAUCGAAGCAGUAAAUCCAGCGCUGAGGUUACCUUUUGAGUUCCUCUCCAAUCUAACGGGCUUGAUCUGUCGGCGUCUACAGACUGGUGCGCUGUUGCUGGACGGGAACACGCUGAACUAUUUCGGCAAGAACAUCCCAAUCAAUCUCAUCGUUGCGGUCAUCGCAGAGGUUGUUCUUGUCGGAGGCGCUGAAUACUACAGGAUCAUCAAUGGACUGGUAAGUUUGAAAGAGAGAGAGAGAGAGAGAGAGCAAUGUCUGAGGAGGACUCACAUUCUCUCUCUUGUUUCCGUAGGACUUGGAGGACAAGUUGCACCCGGGGGGGGCGUUCGACCCGUUGGGACUAGCGAACGACCCGGACCAGGCGGCGCUGCUGAAGGUGAAGGAGAUCAAGAACGGGCGGCUGGCCAUGUUCGCCAUGCUCGGCUUCUUCCUCCAGGCCUACGUCACCGGAGAAGGGCCGGUGGAGAACCUUUCCAAGCACCUCAGCGACCCCUUCGGCAACAACCUGCUCACGGUGAUCUCCGGCUCCGCCGAGAGAGUCCCCACUCUGUAA